AUGAAAGGAAGUUUGUUAAUUUUCAUUUUAUUCUCACUAACGUUUAUAUCAAAGGGGAAAUCAUUAAAAGAACCAACCAAUGAUAAUAGAGACGAUAUUAAAGCAAGAACAUCUGAAGGUGAAGAAGAUAAAGAAGGUUUGACUAUAUAUAUUGACAAAGACCGUGUUCUCAGUAUAAACGAAUUAAGAAAACUUUACAAUCUCGAUGACAGUUUGAUCCCUGACAUUCAAUUCAGCAAAGAAUUAGAUAAAGGUUACGUGAAAAAGAUAAGAUUAAGAAAGAAUAAACCAAAAUCAAUAAACGAAAGGGAGGCCGAUGCGAAGGAAGAUAAGUUUUUAGAACGAAGUAUACCCGAAAAUUCUGAUACAAAAAAUAUUGAAACAGAUAACCCCGAAUUGGAAUCUAGAAUUUCUGAUACUGAAGAAAAAGCAGACUUAGAUGAUUUAACUGCUGUUGAGAGCGAUCGUACAGCAACAACUGAUACAUAUUACGAAGAGAAAGAAAAAAGUGCUGUGCCGGAAGAAAAUUACGAAGAUGAUUUCGAUUUUUCUGAAUACACAAUGCGUUCUGACGAACAUUCCAAAACAAGUCAGCCUAACCAAGAAGCGACAACCGCUUUUUCUGAUUACGUAACGCCACCAACUCGACGAGCCAAUGUUCCGCGUUUUGGCACAGAAUAUGUAGAAAGAACUGCUAACACAGUUAAGGAUGUCCUAGCUGGUUAUCAGGAUCUAGUGCCAGAAGUCGAAAAAACACACGCAUUUUUCGGAACCGGUGAUACGGCAUUAAAUGGGUAUUUGAGUUCUUUGGAUACUGUUAAGACAGUGGAAAAUUCACGUCGUAUGAAUCUUCUAAGAAAAAUCCCUUCAACGGGUUUAAAUGGAUUACCAAACAAUGUGAGAAGCGCUGAGCCAUCAAAUGAACCAGAACAAGAGGAAAGUAAAGAAGAUUCUCAAGAUGAACAGCCAGAAGUUAAAGAAGAAUCUAAAAGUGAAGAUUUCCUUGCCCCUGAUCCGGGAAAUGAAUAUCCUUAUACGCCACCCCUUAAAGGAAAUGCUUUUCAGAAUUUAAGGAGCCCAAUGCUGCCCAAACCAAACCCUCCUACAAAUAUGUUGUUACCAAAAUUACGUCAAGCCUCCCAACAUCCUACAUACCCAAUUUAUAAUCGAUUCAAUCCAAUCCCAGGAGAUGGUUUCCAAAACUAUGGAAGAAUUCUUCCUUAUUAUUCAUCAUACGGUUCUUAUAUAUCACCCAUACGGCUAUAUAACUUUCGCAGAUCAGGCCAAAAUCCGGUUUGCAAGGACUGUUGA